AUGAAUCUUCCAGCAUUUUUAGGAGGAGCUGACCCUGUAGUGGCCAAGAAUUGGAUGCAGGAGAUUGAGAAAAUACUGAUGGUCCUCAAUUGUACCAAUGAGCACAGGGUUCUUUAUGCUUCCUAUAAACUUACCGGUGAGGCCGAAAGGUGGUGGACUGUUAUGAGAUUACUGGAGGAGCAGAGACAGUAUGCAAAAAAGUUUAUUGAGCUAUCACGCUUCACCCCUUAUAGUGUUCCAGAUGAGGUGGAAAAGGCUAGGAUAUUUGAGAGGGGUUUGAGAUGGGAUACUUAUAAACAAGUGGUGGUUUCAAAGCUGCAGUAUGUCUCUGAGAUGGUUGAUAGGGCUACUAUGGCAGAGGAGAGCGAGUAG